GCGCCGCUGGUGGUCCGGAGGCAAGUCAAGGUGGAGAAACCGCCGCAACUCCCAGAUCCGUCAUCCGCCUCCUCUGCCUUCGCCGAUCUGGCUACUCAGGAGGAGGAGGAGGAGUCCGUCGACAAGGGGAACAGCAAAGCCACGGCAGCGACGGUCAGCAAGGAAAUUAAGCCGGAGAAACCACAAUUCCACGGUGAUUCACCAUUCACCUCUGCCUUAACCGAUCUUACUGCUCAGGAGGAGUCUGUCGACAAGGGGAACAGCAAAGCCACGGCGGCGGCGGUCAGGAAGGAAUUCAAGCUGGAGAAACCGCAAGUCCCAGAUUCACCAUUCGACUUCUCUGACCUUGGUGAUGAGGAGGAGACCAGUGCCAAGUGGAACAGCAAAGCCGCGGCGGUGGUCAAGAGGGAAGUCAAGGUGGAGAAACCCGACCCAGAUUUAUCGUUCGCCUCUGCUUUCACCGACCGCCGUGUUCUGGAUGAUGCCAAUGACAUGGGGAAGAAAACCGGGGCAAGUGCUUAUGGCGGCGCCAAGUCGGGCAAGAGGGCCGCAUCAAAGCCCUCAUCCUUUGCGGAUUUUGAUGAAGACGAUGACGGUGUCAGCGAGGAGAAGGAGAACCGUGCUGCUGAUGACUCCGAGAAGGAUGUUGGCUGGGAGAAGACAGAGGAUUUCAAGAUGGAGCCCACCGGGUGCGGCAAAAUGGUCAAGCCGUACAAGCUCCCGGGAAGCAUUUUCAAGAUGCUUUACCCCCACCAGCGCGAGGGCCUCAAGUGGCUCUGGGUUCUGCAUUGCAGGGGAACUGGAGGGAUCCUUGGGGAUGACAUGGGUCUCGGCAAGACCAUGCAGGUUUCUGCCUUCCUGGCUGGAUUAUUCCAUUGCCGCUUAAUCAAGAGAGUGUUGGUGGUUGCGCCAAAGACACUUCUCACUCAUUGGACGAAGGAACUUUCAGUUGUUGGCCUCAAACAUAAGAUUAGGGAUUACUCUAGUCCCAGCGUAAAUGUUCGCAAUUCUGAACUUCAAUAUGCAUUCAAGGAGGGCGGUAUCCUUCUGACUACAUACGACAUUGUCCGUAACAAUUACAAGUUGAUCAGAGGUGACUUCUACAAUGGCAACGUGGAAGGGAAGUAUGACAAGCUGAUCAGAGGUGACUCAUAUAAUGAUGCUGACGAAGACGAGGAUGGCAAGUUAUGGAACUAUGUUAUUCUUGAUGAGGGACAUAUUAUCAAGAACCCGAGUACUCAAAGGGCCAAAAGCUUACUCGAAAUACCUUGUGUCCACCGCAUCGUCAUAAGUGGAACACCUAUUCAAAACAAUUUAAAGGAAAUGUGGGCUCUCUUCUAUUUCUGUUGCCCGGAGGUCUUGGGUGAUAAGGACGAAUUCAAAUCAAGAUAUGAAUCGGCUAUCAUUCGAGGAAAUGACAAGAAUGCCACCAAUCGAGAGAAGCACACAGGCUCAACUGUUGCAAAGGCAUUAAGGGAGCGUAUAAAGCCAUACUUCUUGCGUCGUAUGAAAAGUGAAGUGUUCCUUGAUACUGGUUCGGCAGAUGAUAAAAAACUUUCCAAGAAGAACGAGCUAAUUGUUUGGCUGAGGUUAACAGCUUGCCAGAGGCAACUAUAUGAAGCUUUUCUGAACAGUGAUCUUGUUCAUUCAUCGAUGCAAGGAUCACCAUUGGCUGCAAUCACGGUAUUGAAGAAAAUAUGCGACCAUCCAUUGAUAUUGACCAAGAGAGCUGCUGAGGACAUCUUGGAAGGCAUGGAAGGCAUGUUGGAUAACAAGGAUAUGGGUAUGGUAGAGAAAAUGGCCAUGAACCUUGCAGACAUGGCUCAUGAUGACCAAGCGCUGCAAGUCGGCGAGGAGGUCUCAUGCAAAUUAAUUUUUAUCAUGUCCUUGUUGCGGAAACUUCUUGAAGAGGGACACCAUGUCCUUAUCUUUUCCCAGACGCGCAAAAUGCUAAACCUUAUUCAGGAAGCUAUAUUACUGGAGGGCUACAAGUUUUUACGCAUUGAUGGUACUACCAAGAUUGCUGAGAGGGAAAGGAUCGUGAAGGACUUCCAAGAGGGGCCUGGAGCACAAAUAUUUUUGCUGACCACACAAGUUGGUGGGCUUGGACUUACACUCACCAAGGCAGCUCGUGUCAUCGUGGUCGAUCCUGCUUGGAAUCCAAGUACGGACAAUCAGAGUGUGGAUCGUGCUUAUCGAAUUGGUCAGACCAAAGAUGUGAUUGUAUACCGCUUGAUGACUUCUGGAACCAUCGAAGAAAAGAUAUACAAAUUGCAGGUUUUCAAGGGCGCUUUGUUUAGAACAGCCACAGAGCAGAAAGAACAAACACGCUACUUCAGCAAGAGGGACAUUCAAGAGCUCUUUAGUCUGCCAGCACAAGGUUUUGAUGUUUCCCUUACACAAAAGCAAUUGCAGGAAGAGCAUGGACAGCAGCUUGUCAUGGAUGAGUCACUGAGGGAGCACAUAGAGUUUCUGGAGCGACAAGGGAUAGCGGGUGUAAGCCAUCACAGCCUCCUAUUUUCCAAAACAGCAGUCUUGCCUUCGUUGGAGCCUGAAGCUAUGGAGAGCAAGCACCCAGCCAUGCCGAUGAUGGGCAGGCAGUACAACAAGGCAUCAUCCUCGAUGGACUAUGUCGCCAACGGCGCUGCCCAUGCUUUCAAGCCGAAGGACUUCACUCCAAGAGCAUACUCUGCAAGCAAUACGAGUUCAGAGAGCCCCGAGGAAAUCAAGGCGAAAAUCAACCGCCUGUCGCAAACCCUCUCGAACACGACGCUGGUGUCGAGGCUGCCUGACCAUGGGGAGAAGCUGAAAAAGCAGAUACACGAUCUGGACGAGAAGCUGACGGUGAUCGAGUCCUCUCCAGAGUCGUCGUCGAUGAUGUCCAGAGGGGCGCGGCCUGAAGUGAUCUGCUUGGACGACCAGAGCCUAUAACCCUGAACUUGAAGUAAAACUGGUGCUGCACUGGAUUACUACUACUACUCUUUUGUUGGCCGGUCACUGAGGCGUGACUGAACUGCCACCCUCGUAUUGUUAGCUAUCCGGCGUUGUAAAUAGUAACUUGAUGAUUGGAGGGAGAGAUGUUGGGUGAGUGUAGUAUGUAUCAUAUAUCAUAUCAAUUGGCAAGAAUUACUCACUCGGAUCUUAUUAAGCA